AUGCCAAUCAAAUAUAGUUGCAUCAACGAUGGCACCGUCCUGCUGGCCGAGUUCCCGCCUGGCGAGCAGCCGAAGCUGGCGGAGACGAUGCAGAAGGUGAUUGCGACAGUUCCUGGCAAGGAGUACCGUCGUAAGACGAUUGAGGAUAAGGAGGGUGGGGUGAACUACCAUUACAUCAGCAACGGCGAGGGUCGCAUCGUGGCGUGCGUGACGACGAAUGAGAUGCGCAUGCGAACGGUGUUUGCGUUUCUUGAGGCUGUUGAGCCACUUGUGCGCGGGAACGUGGGCCCACCCGGUACGGAGCUCCGCAACGGCAAGAAGCUCCUGCAGCAGAAGAUGGAUUUCUACAACAACCCUCAGAACGAUAAGAUUACGGCGCUGAAUGACGACAUCAACCAAGUAGUAGACGUCAUGAUGGAUAACAUGGAUAAGGUGCUUGCCCGCGGUGACCGCAUUGACACUUUGCACGAGAAGUCAAACACGCUAGCGGACCAGGCAGAACAAUUUAAGCAGCGUUCGACGCAGUUGAAGCGGAACAUGUGUCUGAAGAACCUCAAAUUGACGCUUAUGAUUGCCGGCGUGGUGGGCAUCGUUAUUCUUAUUAUUGUCAUUAUUGCCUGCAAGCCCAAUUUUUCAAAUUGCAAGUGA